AUGGGCUCAAUCACUCAUCCAUCCUCCAAACCAUGGGAGGCUGUAGCCGAAGUCAGCCGCCAGAUACUACGCGACUCCAUUUCCAAGAAAUGGGUGUUGCAUAGGCUCCCGGAGGGCAAGGAUGCCGGCAAUGUGGUGCAGUUCCUCGACCAAUGUGGUAUCCUGUCUGCCGAAGAACUCGACAUGACACGAUCAAAUGUCCAAAGGCUUCUGGUAAAGUACAAGUCCGGCGAUUGGACUGCUGAAGCGGUGACAACGGCAUUCUCGAAGCGAGCAACUGUUGGUAACCAAUUGCUCAACUUCGCCACAGAAUUUCUCGCCGAGUCGGCGUUGGAGCAAGCCCGAGCUCUAGACCUUCACUUUCAAAAGACGGGGAACCUGAUCGGGCCACUACAUGGAAUUCCAAUAUCCGUCAAGGAACACGUUGCAAUUGGAGGGAGAAUAUGCCACGCCAGCUUCGUUUCAAAAAUAUCCAACAUCGCUCUUGAGGACGCUCACAUCGUCAAACUUCUUAAGAAUGCCGGUGCUAUCAUUCACCUUCGGACCAAUCAGCCUCAGUCCCUCAUGCAUCUUGACUGCGACAACAACAUCACAGGAAUGACUCUGAACCCCCUAAACCCCCUACUGUCGCCGGGUGGGUCGUCCGGCGGGGAGGGCGCGGCCGUGGGCUCCGGCUGCUCGGUCAUCGGCGUCGGAACGGACAUCGGCGGGUCAGUCCGUGUUCCGGCGUCCUUCUGUAACGCGUAUGGCUUCAAGCCCACGGCCUUGCGGAACCCGUCGUUGGGUCUUGUCGGGGUAUUGGGUGGCCAGGAAUCUAUACGCGGAUGUGUCGGUCCUUUGGCGCGGGAUAUGGGCGACUUGAUCCGCUUUGAGAAAGCAGUCCUCGACCAGGAGCCGUGGGAUACGGAGACGUCCCUGUUGCCGUUGAGCUGGAAGGAGGUGAAGUUAUCACCAGGGGAGUUGACCGUUGGAAUCCUAUCUGACGACGGGCUUGUCCGACCUCAUCCACCCGUCAGGAGAGCGCUACUGGAGGCUGAGAAACGGCUUGCGGCCGCCGGUAUCAACGCGAUCCCGUUUUCUCCCCUGGAUCAUGCCCGUGGAUGGGAGAUAGUAAGAAAACUAUACUUCCCCGACGGUGGUGAACGGAUUCGCCAAGCGCUCGCCUCAUCAGGAGAGCCACUGCUCCCCCUAACCGAGCACGCACUCUCAUUCUCCGCGCCGAAGCCGCUGACCAUAUCCGACAACUGGGAUCUCAACCUGGAGCGCGAGAAGUACAGGCGGGAGUACCACGCGCUGAUGAAGGCCCGGGGCGUAGACGUGCUGCUCUGCCCUGCCUACCCCGGGGUCGGGGCUCUACAGGGCCAGGCCAAGUACUGGAACUACACGUCCAUUUGGAAUGUUCUGGACCAGCCGGCCGUGACGUUUCCAAGUGGCGUUGUUGCGAAUCGAACGAAAGAUAUUCCCGACGCAGACUUCCAGCCGAGGUCGGAGAUUGAGGCUAGAGAGUGGGAUGCGUAUGACCGAGACUUGUUUGACGGAGUUCCUGUUUCGGUUCAGCUGGUCGGCAAGCAUCAUCAGGACGAAGAGCUUCUGGCAGCAGCAAGACUUGUCGAGGCGGCCUUGAGGGAGUAG